AUGAACCCUAAAUAUUCACUCGCCCAUGCACCGUCACUAAAGUGGCAAGCAAUUGAUCACAGAUUCUUUCCAAUAUCUUUCUCUGAUUCUCCGCCCUCAAAAACCCUAAUCCAUUUCUCUAUAUAAACCCACUCUUCUAUUCAUCUCACACUAAAACCUAAGCCUAAGAUCGAUCUCAUCACAAUUCUUGCCCUCUUUCAUAGUUAUACGUUCUUCAAUGGCUCCAAACUUGAGCAAAGUGAUAUCCGACGUCAAGGGCUCUAUGCCGACGUCUUGUUCGUUUAAGCUUGAAAAGUCCAAUUUCAUGGCAAAUGGCCACGUCAUCCUCUCGGACGUCCCCAAAAAUAUCACUCUGACUCCAUCCCUCUCCACAGCCGAUGGUUGCUUCGUGGGAUUCAAUGCCAUCGAGGCAAGCAGCCGCCAUGUUGUUCCCGUCGGCCAACUGAAGGACAUCCGAUUCAUGAGCAUUUUCCGGUUCAAGGUCUGGUGGACCACCCACUGGGUCGGAUCCAAAGGCCGAGACCUCGAGAACGAGACUCAGAUCGUUGUUCUUGAGAGCUCGGACGCCGGGAGGCCCUUCGUCGUGCUCCUCCCCAUCCUAGAAGGAUCCUUCCGCGCUUCCGUCCAGCCUGGAAACGAGGACUUUCUCGACAUAUGCGUCGAGAGCGGGUCCACCAAGGAAACCGCCAGCACCUUCCAGAGCGUUCUUUAUCUACACGCCGGCGACGAUCCGUUUACUCUUGUCAAAGACGCCGUCAAAGCCGCAAGAGAUCAUUUGGGAACUUUCAAGCUUCUCGAGGAGAAGACCCCACCUGGCAUCGUGGACAAAUUUGGCUGGUGCACUUGGGACGCUUUCUAUCUUACCGUGCACCCUCACGGCGUCAUCGACGGCGUGAGGAAGCUCGUGGAAGGCGGGUGCCCUCCCGGCCUCGUCUUGCUCGACGACGGGUGGCAGUCCAUCGCCCACGACUCUGACCCCAUCACCCAAGAAGGCAUUAAUCAGACGGUCGCCGGUGAGCAAAUGCCCUGCAGGCUCCUGAAGUUUCAAGAAAAUUACAAGUUCAGGGACUAUGUGAGCCCCACCAGGGGUGACUCUAGUAAAGGCAUGGGUGCCUUUAUCAAAGACCUCAAGGAGGAGUUCAAGAGCGUUGAUUAUGUGUACGUGUGGCACGCGCUUUGCGGGUACUGGGGUGGGGUCCGCCCCAAUGUCCCCGGCAUGCCUGAGGCAGUGGUGGUGGAGCCCAAAUUAUCUCCAGGUUUGCAGAAGACGAUGGAAGAUCUGGCCGUUGAUAAGAUCGUGGCCACCGGAAUUGGGCUGGUCCCACCAGAAAUAGUUGAUCAGAUGUACGAGGGGCUCCACUCGCACUUGAAGUCUGUUGGGAUCGACGGUGUAAAAGUCGACGUUAUCCAUUUGUUGGAGAUGCUUUGUGAGAACUAUGGUGGGCGUGUGAAGCUAGCAAAAGCAUACUUCGAUGCCCUAACAUCCUCAGUGAGGAAGCACUUCAAUGGCAAUGGCGUCAUUGCAAGCAUGGAGCACUGCAACGACUUCAUGUUCCUUGGCACAGAAGCAAUCACUCUUGGCCGUGUUGGUGAUGACUUCUGGUGCACGGAUCCAUCUGGAGACCCAAACGGUACGUUUUGGCUCCAAGGGUGCCACAUGGUGCACUGCGCCUACAAUAGCUUGUGGAUGGGGAAUUUCAUACACCCCGACUGGGACAUGUUCCAGUCGACCCACCCUUGCGCCGCCUUCCAUGCCGCCUCUAGGGCCAUCUCCGGCGGUCCUAUUUAUGUGAGCGACGCCGUUGGAAAGCACAACUUUGACUUGCUCAAGACCCUGGUGCUGCCCGAUGGCUCUAUUCUCCGGUGCGAGUACUAUGCCCUCCCUACUCGUGAUUGUCUCUUUGAGGACCCUCUUCAUGAUGGUAACACCAUGCUCAAAAUAUGGAACCUCAACAAGUACACCGGAGUUCUUGGGGCAUUCAACUGCCAAGGAGGAGGGUGGAGCCGGGAGAACCGUCGCAACCAAUGUUUUGCUGAAUUCUCCCACCGGCUGACCGCCAAGUUCAACCCCAAAGACAUCCAGUGGAAGAGCGGCAAGAAUCCGAUCUCCGUCGACGGAGUCGAGGCCUUUGCCAUGUACUACCACCAGUCCAAGAAGCUAGUCCUAUCCAAGCCAAACGAGGAUGCAGAACUCUCACUUGACCCCUUCAACUUUGAGCUCAUUUUUGUGUCCCCGGUGACUGUUUUAUCCGCUAGCAAAAAUGUCCAGUUUGCCCCCAUUGGCUUAGUCAACAUGCUCAACACCGGCGGUGCCAUCCAAUCAUUCAACGAGGAGGGCAAUUCCGUCCAAAUCGGGGUUAGAGGCGCUGGAGAGCUGAGAGUAUUUGCUUCUGAGAAGCCAACAAGUUGCAGAAUUGGUGGAAACGACGUCGCCUUCGAAUAUGAGCAACAAAUGGUCGUAAUCCAUGUGCCAUGGCCUGCUUCUUCCAACUUGUCUAAUGUGAAGUACAUAUUUUAAUUAAUCUAGAUUAAACCUUGAUUAUUUAUGUUAAGGACCAAGUUUUCUUGGAGUUUGGAACUAUAAUUAAGACCAAGUGACUUGGUCUAUUUUGAACAAGUAUUUGCUAAUUAACGACUGUUUAAAAUAAUUUCAAAUAAUACAAUACUUUUACCUUUCA